AUGCGCCUGGUCACUCGGCUUCGACCGCAGCUUUGCGCCAGACCACUCGUCUACAGUCGCUUACAAAGGCCUGUCACGGUCGCUGUCCGAUCACAAUGGCUGUCUACAACGGCCAUUCGGCGUUGUUCAUGCGCUGAUGCCGCCAACGGUAAACCCGAAGCUGCUCACCCAGCCCACGACCACCGAACGCUAGGCACAAGCCAGGAGCUGUUCACCUCGUCCAUUUACAGUCCCGGCUCACCUCUCUUCCUUCCGAAUGGAACACAUGUUAUCAACAAGCUCAUCUCCUUCCUCCGCGCACAAUACAUGCAGUACGGCUUCCGCGAAGUCCUCACCCCGACUAUCUACAAACGCUCUCUGUGGGAGAUUUCCGGCCACUGGCAAAAUUACAAGGACGAUAUGUACGAGGUGACCGGCCGCGGGGCAAGCGGUGAAACAGAAGGCGAAAUUGGCGAAGACGAGUCAUACGGUUUGAAGCCGAUGAACUGUCCCGGUCACUGCCUGCUAUUCAAGUCGCAGAACCAUUCCUAUCGGGACUUGCCCGUUCGUUAUGCGGAUUUCAGCCCAUUACACCGGAACGAAGUAUCUGGCUCGCUGACUGGACUCACUCGGGUGCGUCGCUUUCAUCAAGAUGACGGCCAUAUCUUCUGUCGUCCACAACAGAUUAAAUCAGAGAUCGCAUCGGCAUUGGGCUUUGUCGACAUGGCCAUGACAACCUUUGGACUGGGCCCGUAUCGAUUGGUACUAUCCACUCGACCUGAGACGGAUUAUAUUGGAACUCUGGACAUGUGGGACAACGCAGAAAACCAGCUUCGCGAGGCAUUGAACAGCACGGGACGGGAAUGGGCAUUGAAUGAAGGGGAUGGUGCUUUUUACGGGCCCAAAAUCGACAUCCAGCUUCAGGAUCAGGCUGGAAAGUAUCACCAACUAUCAACGAUUCAGCUGGACAUGAAUCUGCCGCAGCGGUUUGAGUUGGAAUACCAGGUUGCCGAGGGCGAGGCAGACUACAAUCCCGCCACACCGGGGGUUGCGACACCCGUGCUGGUUCACCGGGCGAUCUUUGGCUCUCUCGAACGGUUCCUGGCAUUGCUCAUUGAGCACCAUGGAAUCAUCCUGACUGUGAAUCAGGAUGAUGCUGUCGUGAAACAUGCGCAAGAGGCUGCUUCGAGGUUCGCCGGAUUCCGCGUGCUCCAGACUGAUGGAUCAGCCGAACCGCCACGCCCACUAUCAUCCGCUGAUUCGACAUUCCUUGUGGAUGUUGAUACCAGUGCGCAGACAUUAGGGAAGAAGAUCCAACGAGCCAAGCAGAUGAAGUAUAAUAUGAUAUUCAUUGUGGGACCGCGUGAUGUCACGGAUGGGGGCGUCACUGUCGAUGUUACUGGGCAGAUGCAAAGCAAAACUGAUCCGGAAGCUCAACAAUUCCAAUCGGUGAUCCGCACGGAAUUAGGAGAGAAUGCGCUGCAGAAUCCUCGAGCAGUGAAACUUCAAGUGGACGAGGUGCAUCCGCUGUUGGUGCAGCUUGAGAGGAACUUUGUAUGA